GCGGGUGCAGCCCUAAAAACAAACAAACAAAAAAGGCACAGUGGGUUUUGGAAGCCAAGUGUGGAAAGAGUGGCAAAGAUAUGUAAGAUACCAGCAGGGAAUCAAACAAGGAAAGUGAUUCAGAAAUGAUCACUAGAUCAUUGUGGCCAUUAGAACCUCAGUGAAAGCAGAUUCAGUCCCUGCCCCCUCUGCAAAUGAUCCUCACCCCUUAGGGGAGGCUGCUCAGUGAACAGCAGACUGAGCUGCAUAUUUGGCUCUGGCUAUGCUGUGGUAGCAUCCCAAAGGCCCAGCCCUUGGGCAAGAGCAGCAGGCAGCUAGGAGAACCUGCCUCGGGCAUGGGCGCUGACUGUGGUGUGUGCACCAUGUCUGCCAACAGCAGGCCCUUAGCAGAGGCUGCCCGGCAAAUGCUGUGAGCCCAACUACUUCCUUAUAAUUUUAUUUCUGGCCCUGGCCUCUCUACUUAAAAGAGCCCUUUCUCCUAGAUAAAUGAGGACAUUUUUUUUUCUGAUGCAGGCCACCCUUGGUGAGGUAGGGCAGUGGGUGCCUGUUCUCUUGGUGCCUGCUGUCCUCUCAUUAAGCCGAACCUGGAGGCUGCAGAUCAGUGGAGCUGGGAAAAGGAGUCCGGGGGCAGAGAGGCUCUUCUGAUCUCCAGGCCUUUCCUGACCAUCAACCUUUCACCCUGUUCCCACAUGUGAAACUACCACCCAGAAGCACAAUGUGUGUGUGUGGGGGGGGGGCGCAGGUUUCACUUCUGGAACACCCCAAGCCUCAUUAAAGCUUGCAGUCAUAGUUAAUGGAAGGGACCUUAGGCUAGUUAGCCCAGAAUCAGAAAACCUGGGCUCUAAUCCCAGCUACGUGACUGUUUUUUGACCUCAGGCAAGUCACGUCUGCUCUCAGAGGUCCCUUCCUCUGUGAAAUAAGAGAAAGGGAUAGAUGGUCUUUGAAGCUAUAACUAGUAACAAGCCCUUGCUGCUUUGAUUCUUGCUUGAAGUGAAGGACUUGAGGCCUGUGUCUGCACGGGUGGAGAGAGGGGAGGCGAGAAGGGCAAUGGAAUCCAGGUAUCUGUGCCGGAGUAACAGCAGAGUUCAGCACUAAGAUAGGCCAUUUGAGCUGUCAAUCAAAGAAUUUCCUAGACAUGGAGGGCGGUACCUGGUUGUCUGGUAACCCCAGCGGCUCUGAGCUAAGAGUUAAGGUAGGUAACUCUAGCCAGAGGGACCAUUCCAGAAAGCCAUCUACAGAGAGGAUCUUAGGAGCACCAUGUCUUCCCUCAACACUGAGGAUACCCCCCAAGAGCCCUCACCCUCACCCUCAAGCUCUAAGAAGAAAAAGAAGAGAAGGAAGUGGCCACAGCAAGAGGCCAGCAUCCGAGCUCUCACCAGUGCUGGCCACAGAGCCCUGCUGGCUGGCCAGAACCACGAGGCCUUGACCAGCUUCCAGAAGGCCUUAUUCCUGGCUUCCAAGGCACCACAAACCAGGGAUACCCCUGUUCUCCAGGCCUGUGCCUUCAACCUGGGGGCUGCCUACGUGGAGACUGGGGACCCAGCCAGAGGCCUUGAGCUGCUCCUACGAGCACAACCUCAAGAGAAGGCCCAGGGCGGGAGUCACGGCGACCAGUGUUUCAAUGUAGCUUUGGCCUACCAUGCCCUGGGCGACCUGCCUCAAGCUUUGGCCUGGUACCACAAGGCCCUGGGCCACUACCAGCCGCUAGGUGACCAGGGGCAAGCCCAGGCGAAAAUGGGAGCCUGCUACCAGGCUCUGGGACAGCCUGAGCUAGCAGCCCACUGUCUGCAGGAAGCGAGCCAGGCCUACACCCAAGCAGGGCAGCCCCGGGCUGCAGCCCUGGCAUUGGGGGCUGCAGCAGGGUGUCUGCUGAAGAGUGGGUGGCAUGGGGUGGGUGAAGUUGUGCAGGUGCUGGAGGAGAGCCGGAAGCUUGCUGAGAGGAGCCCUGAGCGGGAACUGCUGGGGCAACUCUAUAACGACCUAGGUCUGAGCUACUCCCAGCUCCAGCUGUUCCCACUAGCAGCAGAGGCCUUCCAGCAGGCCCUGCCCCUGUGCCGGGGGCCAGGAGAGGAGGCCACGGUGCUAAGAAACCUUGGGAUGACCCACAAUGCCCUCGGCAACUAUCAGGAAGCCCGGGAGUUCCACCAGAAGGCUGCCAACCUGCAUGGCUCUGUGGGGCAGCGGUGGGAGCAGGGCCGGAGCUUUGGCAGCCUGGCAUUUGCACUGAGCCAGCUUGGGGAUCACAAGGCCGCCAGAGACAACUACCUACAUGCUCUGCAGGCUGCCCGGGACACUGGAGACGUGAAGGGGCAAUGGCAGGCCUGCGAGGGUCUGGGGGCUGCUGAAGCCAGAUUGGGGCAGCAUGACCAGGCCUUGAAAUAUUACAAAGAGGCGCUGGCCCGGUGUCAGAAGGAGCCAGAUUCUGUACGAGAGCGGCUGGUGGCCAAGCUGGCGGACGCCAUGAGGACCCACUUGGCCCAGGGUGGGCUGGUCCCGACUCGCACCCUGACCUCAGCUCCAGGGAGGCCCCAGGCUCCAGGUGGAGACUUCCUGGUGGCAGGAACCCCAACCAUGGUGGGAAGGGGCUCGGCAGGAGUGCGGCACAGAUCUUUGGGUGAGUGGGAAAAUGAGUUAGAGGAUGGCCACGAGGAGAAAGAGGAAGAGGAGUCGGUGAAUGUUCCUGAGAUGUCUGGAGCACCAAGACCGGAGCGUCCAGGACCCAGGGCCCAUCUCCCACUUGGAGGCCAAAGCCCCCUCAGAAUGGAUGACCCUGGCCUUCUGGUACCCAGUGGCCCCCAAGCCAAUAGGUCAUCCAAACAGCCCAGGGGCAUACCCAACAGGAACGCUCAGAGGAGACCCACCGAGUCUGGCUUCUGCAUGAUCAUGUGACCCCGCCCUGCCGGCCACAGCAGCCCUGCCCCAGCAAGCACUCUUCAGGGGCUUCUGGAACUUGGCUCCUUCCCUGUCAUUUCCAGUGAGCAGUGUAUGGACAUCAGCAAGCGGACUCCCGAGCAGGCUGGACAAGGGCCCUGCAGUCUCAGCCCUGAGGCAUGCUGUGUGCUCCUCAUUUGGGAUUAGGGGACUCAACAGGCGAAAGAAAAAAAGGAAAGUGGAUGAUGAAUUCCUCCCCCUUUCCUUUCUAGAUUCAAACCCCACAAUUGCUAAGACCCUUGCCAGUCCUUAAAACUAUGACAUCUUGGUCAAGAGGCUUCGGAGUUACUCCUUUUUCUCCUAUGGGAAACCAACGGUACAGAAGAUACACCUUAGCUGACCAAGGAAGGCCCUCCUCUUCCUCCAGGAAACAGCAGAUGCUAGAUGCAGGCUCCUCAGGCCUGUAGCCUGUAGGAAAACUGCUGCCAGCAGCUGCAACAAGAAUAUGAUGUACCACAUUGCUCAUUCAGCACAUGCCACACACUGUCCUAAGUGCUCACAAGUGUCUUCUCCUUUAACCCUCACAGCAGAUGAAUAUGCCCUUUUACAGAAGAGGGGAAAGGACGCAAAGAUGCAGUAGGUUGCCUCCCAGGUCACACAACUUGUUAGUGAAACUGUGAUUCAAACCUAGGCAGAGGAGUUCCCGUCAUGGCACAGCGGAAACGAAUCCGACUAGGAACCAUGAGGUUGUAGCCUCGAUCUCUGGCCUCGCUCAGUGGGUUA